AUGUCGACACCCGUAGAAAACGGCGCUGGCGCCGCCUCAGCCACGCCUGUUGAGGCUGCUGGAGGCCCGGAUGCCCCUCAGGCCGCCGGACCUUUGUUGGAUGAGGCAACAGUUGCCGACAGUGCUCCCGCUGCGCCCCACGAGGUAUCUGGAAUUUCCAAACGAAAGUCUCAGGUGCACGAGCCUUUGAUCAAAGCCGAUGGCCAAGCAAACAGCGACGAGGACGUGGCACUCUCUGUUGGAGGGCAAUCCAAAACGGACGACAACGUUACUUGGGUGGUGCUGGCGUUGCUGGCCUCUUUGAUUUGCCCCCCAGUGGGCUGCUUCGCUUUCUGCUUCAAUCUCCGUUAUCCUGAGGACUCUCGCAGAUACUACUGGGCCCUUCGAGCACUGGAAGUUGGAAGCUUGCUGUCAUUUAUUUAUUCCCUGUUGCUCGUGAUGCUUCUUUCCGACUUGAAAUUGGUCUACAGCCAGAACGACGCAGCUCAUUUCGGAGUCGGGUACUAA